GCGACGAGGACUGCUUGUUCGUGAACGUGUACACACCCAGUCUGCCCGCCGAAGGGGAGCACCCGGAGCUGCCUGUGAUGGUGUGGAUCCACGGCGGCGGUUUCGUCACCGGCUCCGGGGACGCCGACUUCUACGGACCGGACUACUUCAUGGACGAGCAGGUGGUGCUUGUGACGUUCAACUACCGGCUGGGUCCGUUCGGCUUCCUGACCACUGCGGAUGCCAACGCCCCCGGCAACUACGGCCUGCACGACCAGGUACUCGCGCUCGAGUGGGUGCAGGCCAACAUCGAGGCGUUCGGCGGCAAUCGCGACGACGUCACCAUCUUCGGCGAGUCGGCCGGCGGCGCCAGCGUGGGCCUGCAGGUGCUGAGCCCGCGCUCGCGAGGCCUCUUCGCCAAGGCCAUCAGCCAGUCAGGGGCGUCGUUCUGCAACUUCGGCGCCAGCGGGGAGCCUCAGGGAAAGGCUGCCGAUCAGCUGGCCACCUUGCUGAAGUGCUCUACGGCUAGCAGCCGCGAACUGGUCGGAUGCAUGCGACAGCGGCCCGCCAAAGAGAUCCUCAGGUCACUCGGCGAGAUGAUAAAGGAUGACCCCGUGGUCCAGUUGCCUAUCCACUUCAAGCCGCGCGUAGACCGCGAGUCACAGAUGCCGUUCCUCCCGCGGGAUCCGUACAUCUCGCUUCGCGACGGUCAAUUCAACCUGGUGCCGUGGAUGACCGGCCUGAACCGGGACGAGGCUGCGUUCUUCGUUGGCCAGAAGCGUUUGAAGCCGGAGUCCUUGGCGGCGUGCAGCGGUCGUGACUGGGGCCGCUGGGCGUCCAGUAUCCUCCAGCUCACGGGCGUCACCACCACGCCCGCCGUCGUCGCCGAAAAGAUCUACCGGCAAUACUUCGGCGACGCCGGCUGCGGCGAGGAGAACCUGCAGCCGCUCAGCGACAUGCUCAGCGACCGUUGGUUCACGGCGUGCAUCACGAGCGAGGCGAACCUGGCCGCUGCCCACACGCCGGUGUACAUGUAUGUCCUGGACCACACGGGGCCGGGCCGCCAGAAUUUUCUGCGCAUGAUGGCCCGGCUGAUGGGGAAGCUGGAGUCCUACAGGGACCUGGGCGUGCCGCACGCGGAGGACCUGCUGUACCUCUUUAAACCGGUGUUCGGACCGCCGAUCGCGCGCGACUCGGACGAGCACAAGAUGAUUCGAUUCAUGGUGUCGAUGUGGACGAACUUCGCGCGCCGCGGGUACCCGAGCACUGACGCGGUGCCCAUGCCCAGCUGGCCGAUCUACACGGCCAGCCGUCAGGAGCACAUGCGACUGAACAUGGCACCGUCCGUGGGCCGGGCCGCCUUCAGCGAGCGGGUGGAGUUCUGGAACCAGCUCGACAUCCAGGAGAGCUGGCAUCUGGCGCUCUUUGACGACAACAACCGCGACGAGCUCUGAGAACACUUGCGGUCGGUGAACCCUCGUGGCACAUGAUUCAGUUACCAGAUGCCGCUUGCGUAGCACUGUCAGUGAUUGCGAUAUGGUAUAGAUGGAUUUCUUUGUGGCGUUCUUUACAACGCCUGGGGCUUGAUUCCGUUUGGAGCCUGUAAGCCAGGCUCACACUGCCAUCAUUGAGUGAGACCCGAUCAAACUUCAUGGGCAUGAAGAAAUACCGCCGCCUGACGGCUGAAAACAGUCUUACGUGAAGUAUCGAUCAUGCAAGCAUUUUUGCAGGCUUCUAUGCCGGUACACCCGAAUCAACCAAGGCAUCAGUGCCAUAGAUGCGACACCAUGAAAAAGUCGUGGUAUGAACUGCACUAGUAAGGAGUAAUAUUACUGACCGUCAAUGGCUAUAUUCAUAUGUCUGUAGCCAAAUCGUGCUACUACAGGUUAUUUUACUUCACUUGCAAGAAAUAUGAUAACCUGACUGACAUACGUG